GCGCCGCGCUCUCAGAAAUUAUUUUCGUCAGCAAAGUUCGGGUGCAGUUUUAGAUCCUCCAUUGCAAUUUGAGAAAUAAAUUAAAUUUUCAUCCAAUCCGGUUGAAAAAGACCGGAAUUGUGUCGUUGUAAGUGCGUGUCCCUGAACUCAACACCAUGAGCGGACCAUCGGGUCAACCGUCCGGUUCGGGGGGGCCGCCGGCUUCGGUGCAGGAGUUCACCAUCCGGGUGCCGAAGCACCUGAAGAAAAAGCACCACGUAAUGCGGUUCAAUGCGACGCUGAACGUGGACUUUACCCAGUGGCGCACGGUCAAGAUGGAGCGGGAGAACAAUCUGAAGGAGUUCAAGGGGAUGGACGAGGACAUGCCCAAGUUUGGGGCCGGGUCGGAGUUUAAUCGUGACCUGCGGGAGGAAGCGCGCCGCAAGCGGUACGGGAUAAUCGCGAAGAAGUACCGGCCGGAAGCGCAGCCGUGGAUUUUGAAGGCUGGUGGGAAGAAGGACGGGAAGAAGUUCCGGGGGAUUCGGGAGGGUGGCGUCGGGGAGAAUGCGGCGUUUUACGUGUUUACGCACGCUCCGGAUGGUGCGAUUGAGGCGUAUCCGUUGCACGAGUGGUACAACUUCCAGCCAAUUCAGCGGUACAAGGCGCUGUCGGCGGAGGAAGCUGAAGCGGAGUUUGGCCGGCGGAAGAAGGUCAUGAACUACUUCUCGCUGAUGUUGAAAAAGCGUAUGAAGGGAGAUGAGGAGGCGGUGGAGGACCAGGAGGAGGCGAAGGCUAAAAAGAGUGCCGGUGGAGGUGGCAAGGCCAAGGAUCUUAAGAUUAGUGACAUGGACGAGUGGAUUGAUUCGGACGAGCAGAGCUCUUCGGACGAUGAGGACGGCGAGGGCAAGCCCAAGGAAAAGGACAGUGACGACGAGAAGGACAAGAAGGCUAAAAACAAGAAGAAGGCCCUGGCCGACAGCAAGAAGAAGAAACGGGACGUUGACGACGAAGCGUUUGAAGAGUCUGACGAUGGCGAUGAAGAAGGUCGCGAGCUGGACUACAUUUCCGACUCUUCGGAGAGUGAGUCGGAACCGGAAACGAAGGCGAACAAGGAGCUCAAAUCGGUCGCCGAGGAAGACGCGCUGCGGAAGCUGCUGACUUCAGAUGAAGAUUCCGAGGACGAAGAGAAGAAAUCCGAAGACGAGGAAAACAAAAAAGACGAAGAAAAGAGCGGGAAGGCCAAGGAAAAGGAAAAGGUUUCCAAGGAAAAGGACUCCAAGGACUCCAAGAAGAAGAAGAAAGACAAAAAGAAGAAGAAGAAGGCCGACAACAACGACAAGAAGGAAUCGUCCAGCUCCAGCUCGGACAGUUCCGACUCGGGCGGUGAAAACAGCAAUUCGAAGCAGAAGAAGAAACACAAGAAGAACAAAAAAGGCGACGGGUCGAACCUGUCCAGUGCCAACAACUCCCGGUCGGCUUCGCCGAGCGUGUCCCAGUUUGAUAGCAACAAGCGCAAAAUGGGCUCCUCGAACAACAUGCCGACGACAGAUCUUACCGGGUCGGACAACAGCAACAGCCCGAUGUCGACACCGGCCAAGAAGACCAAAUUCGACGGGCCCUCGUUUCCCCCGACCUUCUCCGGACUUGUCAGCUCCAACAGCAAAGACGACUACGGCAUCACGGAGGAGGCGGUCCGGCGGUAUCUGAUGCGCAAGCCGAUGACCACGACCGAGCUGCUGACCAAGUUCAAGAACAAGAAGACGGGCGUGUCGAGCGAGAAGCUAGUGGAGACGAUGACGGCGAUCCUGAAGAAGAUCAACCCGGUCAAGCAGACCAUCCAGGGCAAGAUGUAUCUGAGCAUCAAGGUGGCCAAGUAAGGCCGGCAGCGGGAGCAGGGUAAGUUUUACCCGCGAAUUAUUCGGACGUUCUUUCAUUGAUUUACGGGCGCGUUAGGUUAAUAGCAUUGAUUGGAAUAUAACUUUGAACUAGUUUCGUU